AUGAGCAACCAAACUUCAAUGACCGAGUUUCUUCUCUUGAGAUUCUCUGGUGUUCGGGAGCUGCAGUUGUUACACUUUCUUGUGUUUCUAGUUCUUUAUCUGGCAGCCUUGAUGGGGAAUCUUCUCAUCAUCACAGUCAUAGCCCUUGACCAUCAUCUUCACACCCCCAUGUACUUCUUCCUGCUCAACUUAUCCUUCAUAGACCUCUGCUACAUCUCUGUCCCCAUUCCUAAAUCCAUGGUCAAUUCACUAACCAACUCCAGGUCAAUUUCUUAUUCUGGGUGCCUCACCCAAGUCUUUCUCUUUCCCUUGUUCGCUGUAGCUGAGCUCAGCUUCCUCACUGUCAUGGCAUACGAUCGAUAUGUCGCCAUCUGCCAACCUCUUCAUUAUGAGACUAUAAUGAACAGAAGAGCUUGUGUCCGAAUAGCAGCCAGUGCAUGGUUCAGUAGUAUUCUCAGCUCUGCACUACACACUGGGACCACAUUUGCAUUAACCUUCUGUGGAGGGAACAUGGUGGAUCAGUUCUUCUGUGAAAUCCCCCAGCUACUCAAGCUCACCUGCUCUGACACAUACCGCAGAGAAUCUGGGGCAAUUGUAUUUAGUGCUUGUUUAUCUUUAAGCUGCUUUGCUUUUAUAAUUGUGUCGUAUGUUCAGAUCUUCACCACAGUGCUGAGAAUCCCCUCUGAGCAGGGCCGGCGUAAAGCCUUUUCUACCUGCCUUCCUCACCUCUUUGUGGUUUCCUUGUUCCUCUGGACUCUUACUGUUGCCUAUCUGAAGCCCACUUCUAGCUCAACAUCAGGGUGGGAUCUCGUGGUGGGUGUUCUCUAUUCCGUGGUGCCUCCAAUGAUGAAUCCCAUCAUCUACAGCAUGAGGAACAAGGAGAUCCAAGCUGCCCUGAGGAGACUGAUAGCAGGGAGAUUAUUCACUAUGAAUAUAAAGUCCAUAGUUCUCCCUUGA